ACGAUAAAAACAGCUGCCCAAGUUUUAUUACAAAACUGGAAUAUAUACAAUACAUACACAUAUAUACUUACAUAUAUUUAUUGUCAUUACCGCCGAUCUUUUUCCUAGACGAACACAGAGAGGUUUCAUGUUUAUCAACAUUGAAGCACCAGAUCAGAUCUAGUCUCCCUCUCUCUCUCUCGAGGUUUUGAAGGAGAUAAGGAGGUUGUAAUGGAUAAUUCGUACGAGGGGAUGGAAAUUGAAGAUGAUCCUGAAAGAACUGAUACAGAAGAGAUGGAAUUUGUGUCGGGGUUUGACGAGGCAUUUGGCUUGAAUAAUUUUCUUGGAGGUAAAUUGAUGAGGCGUCGUCAAAUUGCUGCUGAGUCGUCAAGUAGUGGCCAGGGUGGAACAGAAGUUAACUUGAAUUUGGCACUAGGUGGCGCCCCCUCUUCCUCGUCAUCAGCAUCAGCUGUACCGGAAAGGGAGAUUCCUGAUCAUGAUUCUCAUAAUAAACGGCCUAAAGUUCACUCUUUUUCGCUUGAUUGGGACAACCAGUUUGCAUCUGCCUCUUUGGAAAAUGACAGUUAUGAUUUUCUGGGAAAGGGUUAUAACAUUAACCAGGGUUCCUUCAAAAAUGAAUUUCAUUAUCUCUCACCAAUUCUGAAUGAUCGAAAGUCUGAAAAUAUUACUGAUUCUAGUAAUGGGAGGGACAUUAAAGAGGGCGAAGUGCGGAUGGAUCUAACUGACGACUUAUUGCACAUGGUCUUUUCUUUUUUGGACCAUAUCAAUCUUUGUCGAGCAGCCAAGGUUUGUAGGCAAUGGCGAACUGCUAGUACUCAUGAAGAUUUCUGGAAAAGAUUGGAUUUUGAGAAUCGGAACAUAUCUUUGCUACAAUUUGAGGACAUGUGUCGUCGAUAUCCAAAAGCAACUCAACUAAAUCUUAAUGGCACACCUGCUAUUUACCUGCUAGCAAUGAAGGCUAUGUCUUCUCUGAGGAAUCUUGAGGUUCUAAUAGUGGGCAAAGGACAACUAGGAGAAAACUUUUUCCAAGAUUUGACAGGCUGCAGUAAGUUGAGAAGUUUGAUUGUUAACGAUGCUACUCUUGGUAAUGGUAUUCAAGAGAUACCUAUCUAUCACGAUCAAUUGCGUCAUCUUCAGAUUGUAAAAUGUCGGGUGCUUCGAAUAUCUGUCAGAUGUUCUCAACUUCAAACCCUGUCUUUGAAGAGGAGUAGUAUGGCACAUGCUGCACUGAACUGCCCUCUUUUGCUUGACCUUGAUAUAGCCUCCUGCCACAAGCUUUCAGAUGCUGCAAUUCGUUCUGCAGCGAUGUCAUGCCCUCUUUUGGAGUCUUUGGAUAUGUCGAAUUGCUCAAGUGUUAGUGACGAGACGUUACGUGAGAUAGCUCAUACUUGUGUUAGUCUCCAUGUUCUUAAUGCUUCAUACUGCCAAAACCUCUCACUAGAGUCUGUGAGACUGCCGAUGUUGACAGUUCUCAAGCUUCACAGUUGCGAGGGCAUUACUUCAGCAUCGAUGACUGCAAUUGCUUAUAGCUAUAUGUUGGAGGUUUUGGAGCUUGACAAUUGUAGCUUAUUGACUUCUGUUUCGCUGGACCUUCCUCGCCUGCAGAACAUAAGACUAGUACACUGCCGAAAAUUGAUCGAGUUAAAUUUGCGAAGUGUGGUGCUAUCAUCCAUCAAAGUUUCUAAUUGCCCUUCACUCCAGCGAAUAAGCAUCACAUCAAAUUCAUUACAAAAACUAGUGUUGCAAAAACAAGAAAGUUUGACUACACUAGCACUUCAAUGCCAAUCUUUGCAUGAGGUGGACCUUACAGACUGUGAAUCACUGACAAAUUCUAUCUGCGAAGUAUUCAGUGAUGGUGGUGGAUGUCCGAUGCUAAGAUCAUUAACUCUUGAUAAUUGUGAGAGCCUGACAGUUGUGAGCUUCCGUAGUACAACCUUGGUGAAUCUGUCUUUAGCUGGUUGCCGUGCUAUUAUCUCUCUUGAACUCAAUUGCCCUUUUCUCGAGCAUGUCUCUCUGGAUGGGUGUGAUCAUCUUGAAAGAGCAAACUUUUGCCCAGUUGGUCUUCAGUCUCUAAAUCUUGGAAUAUGUCCCAAACUGAAUUCUCUUCAUAUUGAAGCAGAGCGUAUGGUGUUGCUUGAAUUGAAAGGGUGUGGUGUAUUAUCUGAAGCUUCUAUUAAUUGCCCUCUAUUAACCUCUCUGGAUGCCUCAUUUUGCAGUCAACUAACAGACGAUUGCUUGUCUGCAACCACAACUUCUUGUCCACUCAUUGAAUCAUUGAUCUUGAUGUCAUGCCCUUCUGUUGGGCCCGAUGGUCUCUCAUCUUUGCGUUGGCUUCAACAUUUGAUCUCACUUGAUCUGUCCUACACUUUUUUGACGAAUUUGCAGCCAGUUUAUGACUCAUGUUUGCAGUUGAAGGUUCUAAAGUUGCAAGCAUGCAAGUAUUUAACUGACUCGUCACUGGAGCCUCUUUACAAGAAUGGUGCCCUUCCCUCACUAUGUGAUUUGGACUUGUCAUAUGGGACCUUGUGCCAAUCUGCCAUUGAGGAGCUUCUUGCUUGUUGUACACAUCUAACUCAUGUAAGCUUGAAUGGUUGUGUAAACAUGCAUGACCUCAAUUGGGAUUCUGAUGCUUAUCAACUACCAGUACCAACCACUGAUAUGGGGUUGUCAUCUGACCUGCCCAAUCGUUUGCUGCAAAACCUUAACUGUGUUGGUUGUUUAAACAUCAAGAAAGUUACUAUUCCGUCAGUGGCGAAAUGUUUACAUCUGUCAUCUUUGAACCUUUCCUUAUCUGCAAAUCUGAAAGAAGUUGACCUUGCGUGUUACAACCUGUGCUUUCUCAAUCUGAGCAACUGUUGCUCUUUGGAAAUUCUCAAGCUUGACUGCCCCAAAUUGUCCAGUCUUUUCCUUCAGUCCUGCAACAUCAAUGAAGACGCUGUUGACGUUGCCAUAUCGCAGUGUAACAUGCUAGAGACACUCGACGUUCGCUUUUGUCCGAAGAUACAUCCAGUAAGUAUGGGUAGGUUGCGUGCUGCAUGCCCCAGCCUUAAACGUAUCUUCAGCAGCCUGGCUUCUAUGUAAAUCGUUGAAGAUCUUCUUGUGUAAUUGCUUUAAUACAGUUUAGCUGCUAUUUUAUCUACAUUUCGUAAGUUGUACAUGUGUGUUGAGUUAAAUUUGCUUCAACUUUGUGAGUGAGAUCGUUAAAAUAUAGGAUGCAUGAGAUAUCUGUAAUACAAUAGAGCUUUUUUUUUAAAAGAAUAAUUGUUUGUUUGUUGUA